AUGGGACGUCCUAAGAAAGAAGUCAGUGAAGAGAAAAUCGAACAAUUCCAAAGAGAAUUGGAACUGGCAGGUGAUAGAACGGAUAUUUUAUUACAAGACAAAAAGGGAAGAUCAAGAUCAUGCUUACUUUGUAGAAGAAGGAAACAACGGUGUGAUCAUAAAGUACCUAGUUGUACUGCUUGUUUGAAAGCUGGUGUGAAAUGUGUUCAACCGGUAAGAUAUGUGAAUGCAAUUAAUAACAAUACGGCUAAUCAAAGACAAAAGAGUAAUAGUAAUAGUAAUGAGAAAAUUCAUAAUCAUUUGACUAAAGAUAUUGAUAAUCGAGAGGAUUCAGAGAUAAAACCAAAUAAUAUAAUCCAUAACGAUCAUAAACACUCACAGAGUAUAACGUCAUCUCCACAGUUAGAAAAAAAUUCUUUGAAAAAUAAUUCAACUAAUAAAAAAGUUAGUAUGAAAAAUAAUACUAACAAUCAACUAAUACCAACCAAAAAGGAUGAAUAUACAAAAGUUCUGGAGAAAAAAUUAAAAUAUUUGGAAAAGUUAGUAAGUUUAGAACCAAAUGGUCCUAUAUUCAAUAAAAAGCUUGAACAAUAUAAGAAAAUUUCACAUCUAUUGGAAACCACCAGUUCUCCAGAACCAGAAAAUAUAAUAACUUUACCUGCACCGCAUGUAGAUAAUAGUCCAGUUGUGUUACGAACGGGAACUCCAAAUAAUGUGGCUUCACCUGCGAACACAAAUGGUUUGGCCCCAUUUAUCAAAGUCUCAACAUCAUUUUUCCAAAGACAAAGUGGAAAUCAUAUCAACCAGCAAUCUGUACAACAAUCACAACCUCAAAUUCUAACAGAUCGCAAUAGCAUACAAAAUUUACAUUCUAAUCAAAGUAGUACGAGUAUCAGAAAUGAUACAUCAGCUACUCCAGUUGCAACAAUACUACAACAUAAUAAUACUAAUAUUCCUUUACUUUCGUCAGACUCAGUAGAUUCAAUAGAUUUCUCAAAGUGUAUUUUUGCCAAAUAUAACUUAAAGGAAUUUUACUCAUAUGAUCCAGCAUUUGAAUUUGAUGAAGAAUUAUCUCGCUCAUUUUUAGAUACUUUUUUCACGCGGUUGCAAUUUAAAUAUCCAUUAUUAGAUGAGCAUGAAAUUUACGAAUUUCAUGAAAAUUAUAUUAAAAAUGCCAUCUAUUCAUAUUCUGAUAAUGAAUUUCAUUUUUGUUGUGGUAGAAUGUGGUUGGUUUAUACCAUUGCAGCAUGUUUACACAUGACAACAGGGAAAUAUAAAGGCCAACCACCAGUACGAUAUUUUUCUACAGCAAUAAGACAUAUCACUAGAUGUGGUGAGAAAUUAAACUAUGGUCAACGUAUUGAAUUAUUAACAUUAUUAGUUUUAUAUCUUUUGAGAACGGAUCGUGAUACCAUGAUUCUUUAUGAUAUUAUUAGUGAUGUUAUGAGAAUAUGUAAAAAUGAAUUACAUUUAAACAAAUGGGAUCCACAGGAUCCAAGUGCUAACAAGAAACUUAGACUGUUUUGGUGUGUCUAUUUAUUAGAACGGAUGAUUUGUGUCUCUGUCGGAAAACCAUACACUGUAACUGAAUCAGAAAUUGAUUUACCAUUUUUCAAUGAGGAUUCUUUUAAUACGAAGAAUACUAAGAUCCAUAGAGGUGUACAUUUUAUCAAUCAAUCAUUAAAAUUAAGAAGAAUAGAAUCGAACUUUGUUGAAAAAUUGAAAAUAUUACCGAAUAAUGGUAGACCAAACAAUAGUAAUAAAAAAGAAUUACGUAAACAGUUACCUUUAUUGAAAAAUAUUUUCCAUGAUUUAGAAGUUUGGAGAUCAAAUUGUGUUCAGACAUAUGUGAAGAAUUUUGAGAAUGAGACUUUAAAAUUGUAUUACUAUCGAUCUGUGAGAUUACUCAUUCAACCAUACUUAGAAGCUUUAACCCCCGAAGAUCGCUUAUUUAGAGAAUGUCAAGCUGCGGCAGGUCAAAUUUGUCAAUUAUACAAGAUAUUUCAUCAAAGAACAAUCACUGGUCAUUCGACCCCAGCAGUCCAUACAAUAUUUGUCGCAGGUGUAACAUUAAUUUAUUGUAUGUGGUUAGCAAGAAAUUAUGAUGAUGAAAGACGUAAGAAAUUAGGUGAUGUAUCAAAACAUACAAGACCUCUUGUUACAGCAAGUUUAUUUUCCACUAUGGACGAUCUGAGGGCCUGUUCUGUUUGUCUUUAUGUCAUGACUGAACGUUCUGAUUUUGCUAGAAUCUUUAGAGAUACAUUUGAUCAAUUGAUGAAUGCUACGGUGGGUAAUUUAAUUGAACGUUGUGGUCCAAAUUCUUCAGAAUUAAUCUAUAUGUCAAACACGGGAGAUAAUCUACAAAGUAAUAUCUCUAAGAAGACUAAAGGGAAAGAAAAGAAUGCUAAAAGUAAUAAUAAUGACAAUAAAAAUAAUUCUAAAAGUAAUAAUAAUGAUAAUAAGGACAAUAUGGCUGGGGAUUUAAAUUCUAAUAGUGAGAAUAUAGGAGAAGGGAACAAUGAAGAUUCUGAAACAAUUACGAGUGGUAUGCCACCAGCAAUGAACAGAACGUUUGGUAAGAGACAAGCCGAGGAACAUGUUGGAUUUGUUGAAAAUUCGCAAGUUGAUCUAGAUGAACAAAAGAGAAUGAAACAAAGAAGAGGUAUGCUUGAAAAGAUCAGCGUUCCAAGAAGUCUAUCUCAUUUACUAACUAAUAAUGAUUCAGAUAUUAGAUCUGAGGAGAAAACCGAGGAGAAAUCCAAUGAGAAUAAUGCCAGCACCCCUAGAAUAUCUUCGUAUUCCUCUGUUUCAUCAUCUUCGGAGAAAAUUCUUCCUUCCUUCAAUGGUUAUAGUGUCGAAAAUAGAAUGAAUAAUAAUGUUAUUUCCGAUAUGACUCCUAAUGUAAUCAAUAACAACAACAUUAGGGACUUCAAAAUUGAUACAAAGGUUAUUGCGAUGGAUAUGAAGGACAAACAAUAUAUUGUUAAGAAGCCAAUAAAUAUAGUCGAAUUUAAUUGGAAGAAUUUUGAACAUCAAGCUUUUUUACAACAACAUUUUGCACAACAAAAUUUACAAGCUUAUUUAACAGCACAAAAUCAUUGGUCCGGAACAACUACAACGAAUCCAAACAGUGGGGAUACUGAUAUGGCAUCUAAUUUCAAUAACAACAGCAAGAUUGCUUCGUCAUCCAUACCGCAAUUCUCAAUAGAUGAAAACAAUAUCUAUAGGCCUGCAACAAUGCCACCGUCACAACAACAACAAUCAUCAUCAGAAUCAAGUGUACUAUCGUAUAAUGGUAAUAGUAACCAUAAUGAUAACAUUAACAAUAACAAUAACAAUACAAAUCCUUCAUCUAUGAGAGAAAAAUUGAAUGAACUAGUUGGUAAAACUAAUGAACCUGUAGUUGAUAAUAACAAUAGUAAUAAUAACAAUGGUAAUGUGUUGUAUCCAAUACCAAUGAACAAUAACCACCACAACCCCAACCACCACCACAAUACUAAUAAUAAUGGUACUGGUAGUUAUGUACCAAAUGCCGCUGUAACAUUUUCUAGUGGACCAAGUCUGAAUGUGGCAUUACCUGAAAAGAGUCCCAAUCCCAAUGAUAUAUUAUUUAAUAAUGGUACACAUGAUAUGAUUAAUAAUAUUUCUACAUGGACUACCAAUUCCAUUAAUGAAAUAUCGGGACAAAUGCCACAAGAUGGUAUUAAUACUAUACAAUCCGAACCAUUUACGACAAAUAUUCGUCCUACAGAUUACCCAAAUAAUGAUAACAAUAACAGUAACACUAAUAAUAACAAUGUAAAUAUUGUUAAUGUUUAUCAAUAUAAUCAGAAUAAUAAUACUCAUAAUAAUGAGGCGAAUACUACUAAUAAUAGUAAUAGUAAUAAUGGCACAACAAGAGAUGAUAAACCUGCAGAAGAGUUUUGGAGAGUUAACGAUGAUUAUGGGUUUUUGACAUGA